AUGGCAGAUUCUUAUGGUAGCAAACACAACAGAAAUUCUAAACAAGAUCUCCUGGUGCGUGCAAAAAGAAGAUGGGGCUCAUCUACAAUUGAAUUAGAAGAAGAAAAGGAUGCACGGUACCCCAUAGAGAUUUCACAGAUAUAUAAUGACAAGAUUGAGGGGAAAGACUUUAGGUUCCUUUUAAGUGGUGAAGGUGUGCCGGAUGUCUUUACGGUCAAUGAAAACACUGGAGCCGUCUAUGCACAUAAAAAAGUGGACAGGGAGGAAAAGCCACUUUACCAUAUCAAUGCUGAUGUCUUGGACAGAAAUACGGGUGAAAAACUACACAAGGAACUAGCAUUUGAUGUUUUAAUACGAGACAUAAAUGAUAAUCCACCCAAGUUCUCUCUUCCUGAAGUAACAGUUGAUGUAAAGGAAAAUAUACAAGAAAGGUUUUUGCCAGUUACCCUGGUGGUCACAGAUAUAGAUCAGGAAAACACACCCAACUCUCAAUUCUACAUCACGAUGGUUUCACAGAGUCCAGCAGAGCCCAAAAUUGCUGUGCAGCAGCUUGAAGGAGGACUGGCCAAACUCACCUUAAAAGGAUGCUUUGACUAUGAUAAAGCAAAAAAGUAUAAAAUCAUCUUACAAGCAAAAGAUCGUGGAACAAAGCCAAAGACUCUGUCCUCUACUGCUGUUGUUAACCUGAACAUUAUCGAUGCAAACACUCACCAACCAAGAUUUAAGGAGAGACAGUACAACGGUGAAGCAAUAGAAAUGGAGACCAUUGCUAAUGUUUUGAGAGUUGCUGUGGAGGAUAAAGACACUCCCAACACUGAUGCAUGGCGUGCCAAAUACUUCUUCAUUGCAGGGAAUGAAGAAGGAAUCUACAAAAUUGAAACUGAUCCAGAAACAAAUGAGGGUGUCCUGAGUAUUGUCAGGAAAAAAAAAUUUAAACACAAAACUUCAACAAACCUGCAGAUUGGAGUAAAAAACAUUGAAGACAUAUUUGUUUGUGCUGGCACAAAUCCACCUACAGACAGAGCCAAUGUCACUAUAAAAAUGAUUGAUACCAACAAUCCACCAGAGUUUGAAAAAGCUAUAGAUGACACAUACUUGAAGGAGGAAGCAGAGCCUGGAAAGGUGCUGUUCAAGCCAAAGGUUAUUGAUGUUGACUCUAAUGUUACCAGGUAUGUGCUCCUAACAGAUCCAGCUGACUGGGUGGCCAUUGAUAGUAAAACAGGAGAAAUCAAAUCAACUAAGAGGAUGGACAGAGAGUCACGAUUUGUUGAUGACGAGAAUGUUUACACAGUCGUCAUAGCUGCCAUAGACGAUGGUCAGCCUCCAGCCACAAGCACAUGCACUGUCAAGAUCCACCUUGCGGACAUCAAUGACAAUACUCCUAAACUGGUCAACAUCAGCGCUGUCAUAUGUGGAAACAAGGUUAACAAGGUCAAGGUGCGUGCAAAGGACCUAGAUGCUUAUCCUUUCAGUGGACCCUUCUACUUUUCUUUGGGGGAUGAAACACAAGAGCAACAAUGGAAAUUAGAACCUGACUAUGGUGAGGAAGUAUCUCUUGUUAGCUUGAAGACGCUUCCUUAUCUUAACUAUUCAAUUCCCCUGGUGAUUAUGGACCAACAGAACAAAGCUGGACAUGAUACUCUGGAAUUGAUGGUGUGUGAAUGUGAAGAAAAUGAUGUUUGCAAAGAACCACCUUCAAUAAGUUUUGGACCAGCUGACAUUGGAGCACUUAUUGCAAGAUUGCUUAUAUUUUUGUCACUCCUAAUCGUGUUUUUGUGUGUAAAGAAGAAGAUUAAGAAUGUGCAACAACAUGAGGGCAUGUACAACCAAGAAGAAGGGAGUUCUUCAUGCAAGGCUGAGUCCACUUGUCUCCAGUCACCAACAGAUAAUAUAGUAGUGGCAGACGCAGGCGACAAUGCAGCCAUUGUGAAUGAGAUGCUGGGCCCUGACGCGGUUAAAGAAAUAGCCAAAGUCACGCUCUCAGAUUACACAAUUGCCAGAUGUAUUGAUGACAUGUCUGCAGACAUCGAAAGUGUGGUUUUGGAGACGAUACGCUUCAGUGGGAAGUUUGCAUUGCAACUUGAUGAGUUUACGGACAUUAGUGGACAUUCCCAACUCUUGGCCAAUCUGCGUUUUGUGGAUGGAGACUCCAUCAGAGAAAACGUUCUAUUUUGCAAGGCGCUGCCAGAAAAAACAACAGGAGAGGAAAUUUUUCGGGUUACAUCCGAAUAUCUUGAACAAGCAGGACUUAAGUGGGAAAACUGCAUGAGUGUCUGCACUGAUGGAGCAGCAGCCAUGGUUGGGCGCACCAAAGGUUUCGAUAGCAGAGUGAAAGCGAUACAUCCAGAUGUUAUUGUUACACACUGUUUUCUGCACUGUGAGGCACUCGUUGCCAAGACUUUACCGGCAGACCUAGCUCCUUUGUUGGACGAUGUCGUGCGCAUGGUAAACUUCAUCAAGACAAGACCUCUGAAAAGCCGCAUAUUUGCAUCUCUGUUUGAGGAAAUGGGAGCAUACAUUGCUGCACAUUGCUGCCUUAUUGCGGCACACGGAGGUCCGAUGGUUGUCACGCAGCUAAGUACUGGCCCGUGUGUAUGA